GACUUUGAUGUAAAUAUAUGUAUAUGUACAUAGCGCAUAUCAUAUGCCUUAUGUGCUUAGCUGUGUGUACAUUAUGUGCACAUACUUGUGAGGGGCGCGAUCUGCGUAUUCCGAAGUGGGGUAGUGUUAUCUCUGAUAUCUUUGUGCCAUCAUCAUUGCCAACUGUUGAGGGGCAGCUUGGUGCACACUCGCGGGCAGCUCUUUAGUUCCCACUAUAAAUACAUUUAGAGAGCUGCAUGUUUAUUAGUUAUGAUAUUCAUCAUAUGGCUGGAUAGUUGGAACUCUUGAAACGCCCUCUGCUGUUUGGACACGCAUUUAUGGGAAGGGAAUUAAACGAAACGACAUGGGAUGGUGCUCAUUUUGGACGGAAUGCUCUGGGAUGCAUAUUCAGAUUUCCACAUCCAGUUGCGGCCCGAUGCUCCCCCUUUUCGGAAACAAAAACGAGAAAAUAAGAUGGUACUGAACAGAACUGAACUGAACUGAGGAGACCGAAAGAACCGAAACAACACACAUAGUUGGAAGUUGGAAAACAAACACACAUGUUGAUCAUGCAUGAAAGCGAACCGCUGCUCCCCCGCCCCACAAAAUAUCACCCCAUCCCAUGAAACCCCGUAUUUGGAUAGUUGGAUAAAUGGAUGGAUGGAUGAGGUUCCCAAUCCCGUUCCCAGAAGCAUAUAACCACCACGCACCGGAAACAACGUUAAAUGCGUAACAAGGCGCUUUUUAAUUUAACCGAUCCAAAUAAAAGAAUUAAAUAAAUGGAAUUGUGUGCACAUGCAAAGCAGUUGGGACAGCAGCGUUAUCAGCAGGGUGAAAAACGCACGAAAACGCAUGACAAACCCCGGCUUAAUUGAAAUUGUCAUUGAUUCAAUACGCAACAUACGCAGCAUAUCACUGAUGGUGGUUGGGUUCUUUUCACUGGAAAAAGCGAAACUGAAUCCAUUUGAUUGCAUUUGUGUCGCAAGAAGGAACACCACAUUGCUUCCAUCGCUUUUUCGCUUAUCAACGGGAGAAGAAAGGAAAAUGUACGUUUAAUUGGUCGUAAAAAGUGCAUUACUGGUAGAGUCGCUGAUAGCUUCUAGCCGGCUGUUCGCAAUGAUAACAGUGUAACAAAUUCCAGAGGAGCCCCCUUCAAAGGCGAGAUUCCAAAAAAAGAAGGAGCGUUUCGAAAGUCUGAAGCAUAACUAGAAGAUAAGGGUCUACUUGACAGCAUAGCGAAACUAUUGUGUAUAUUUCCAAAUUUCAAUUGGAAACGAAACGGGGCCAGUCAAUCGCUUAAGUUAUCGGAAUAAUCGCUUGAAUUGCGUGAAGCUAUCGCCGCAAAGUGAAUUGGUUUCGCCCCAAAAGUCAGAAUGGACCAGGACAUGGAUAUGGGUAUGGGCAUGGCAACGGGCAUGGUGCCGGACGCCGAGAUGCUGAUGGAUGACACGGGGGCCACGCAGUCGAUCUACCCGCAUUCGGCGACAUUAUUCGCGGCCAUUAGCGCCUGUGUCUUUGUGACGAUCGGCGUUCUUGGCAAUUUAAUUACCCUGCUGGCGCUGCUCAAGAGCCCCACGAUACGGGAGCACGCCACAACCGCCUUUGUCAUCUCGCUGAGCAUAUCAGACCUGCUCUUCUGCUCCUUCAGUUUGCCUCUGACCGCAGUGCGAUACUUCCAGGAGAGCUGGACUUUUGGGACCACGUUGUGCAAGAUCUUUCCGGUGAUCUUCUACGGCAAUGUGGCCGUUUCACUCCUCAGCAUGGUGGGCAUCACCCUGAACAGAUAUACGCUCAUCGCUUGCCACAGCCGCUACUCGCAGAUAUACAAGCCCAAGUUCAUAACCCUGCAGCUGUUGUUCGUUUGGGCCGUGUCCUUUCUGCUGCUGCUGCCGCCCAUACUGGGCAUCUGGGGCGAGAUGGGCCUGGACGAGGCCACCUUCUCCUGCACAAUACUCAAGAAGGAGGGGCGAUCGAUCAAGAAGACACUGUUCGUGAUCGGCUUCCUGCUGCCCUGCCUGGUGAUCAUCGUCUCGUACUCGUGCAUCUACAUUACGGUGCUGCACCAGAAGAAGAAGAUACGCAACCACGAUAACUUCCAGAUCGCGGCAAGUGCGGGGGCCAAGGGCUCCUCGUCGUCCGCCGGCGGAUCCUACAUAACCACCACGUGCACGCGAAAGGCGCGCGAGGACAACCGACUGACCGUCAUGAUGGUCACCAUCUUCCUGUGCUUCCUCGUCUGCUUCCUGCCACUCAUGCUGGCCAAUGUGGUGGACGACGAGCGCAAAACCUCGUACCCCUGGCUGCACAUAAUCGCCUCCGUGAUGGCCUGGGCGUCCAGCGUCAUUAACCCGAUCAUCUAUGCGGCCAGCAAUCGCAACUACAGAGUGGCCUACUACAAGAUCUUUGCGCUGCUCAAGUUCUGGGGCGAACCGAUGUCGCCGAUGCCGAGUAGAAACUAUCACCAAAGCAAGAACUCCAAGGAGCUGUCGGGCGUCAUCCGCAGCACGCCUCUCUUUCACGCUGUGCAGAAGAAUAGUAUUAACCAAAUGUGCCAAACAUAUUCAGUAUGAUCGAGAUAGCAGACGAGUCUUUGUCUUAGAGCUUGUAAUGCAUAUUAAUUACCUACUUAUUACUUGUUAGUUCAUAAUUAUUUACGAUGUACGGCCGUGCUUACAUCAAAGACAAUCGAAUUAAAUACAUAUACGUAGACCAAUUGAGAA